CGAUUUCAAUACAGGUUUUAAAUCAACAAUUUUGGUGUAAUAUAAUUCAUUACUUGAAAACAAAAUGGAUAAAAAGUAUCGUGAUGAUUUAAACAGGAAGCGUAUGGUUAAACAAGCUACGAGAAAGUGCCCUGAGUCGGACGAUGAAGAAACCUACGUCAGGCAGCCGGAUUGGGCGAAUCGGGAAAGGCCAUCAACUUACCAAGGAGGUUCGGGGUUUCCAGUGAUUCCUAAGAGAAAUGACAAGGAGAGAAGUGCGUUUUUAAUGCCUCCCAAUUCUAGGCGAUCAUCUUACCAACUCUUAGACCAAGAAGAAGCAGAAGGACCUAUGGAGGCUCGAAGUCAUCCUAAAAGUGAUGCCAAUAAGGGUGCGUUAUCAAGGCCUUCCAGGCGACCAAUUAACAAACUCACAGAUGGAGAAGAAGGAGGAGGACGUUCGGAGUUUCGAAUUUCUCCUUGGAGAGAUGACGAGGGAGACGUGUUUUCAUGGCCUUCAAGUUCUCGGCGAUCAUCAUGCCAACUCUUUGACGAAGAAGCAAAAGGACAUAUGGAGGCUCGAAGUCAUCCUAAGAGAGAUGCCAAUAAGGGUGCGUUAUCAAGGCCUUCCAGAACCAAGGCAAAAAAUACAAUAGUUACUGCAGCCAUAGACUUUGGAACUACUUACACUGGAUAUGCAUUUUCAUUCAAACACGAGUUUAUAAAAGACCCUUUAAAGAUAAACGCGAAUGAGUGGAGAAACGUUCAUCAGGGACAAAUGAAAUGUAAAACGCCAACAUGUCUUUUGCUCAAUGCAGAUAGAAGCUUGAAUUCGUUCGGACAUGAAGCUAAACUUCAAUACAAAGAAAUUUGUCUUGAUGAGAAAGAAGAUGAGUAUUACUUUUUCUGGAACUUCAAGAUGACACUUCAUCAACAGAAGGAAAUCAAAGGGGACUUCAAUAUAAAGGCAGAAAAUGGGGACAGUAUCGAUGCACUUACGGUGUUCAGUAGGUGUAUAGAGUACCUGAAGAAUCAUAUGAUGAACAUUCUGACAGGUUCUGUAUCACAACUUAAUAUCUCAGACGUCACCUGGGUUGUUACAGUACCGGCGAUAUGGAAUGAGUCUGCAAAAAAGUUCAUGCGAUUAGCAGCAGAGAAGGCAGGACUUCCUGAAAAUCACAUCGAAAUUGCACUCGAACCAGAAGCAGCGUCUUUAUAUUGCCGACAAUUACCAAUUGCAAAAGACCCACAAACGGAGCAUGGUGUUUCCAAACUUCCUGUUGAAUCACAGUAUAUGAUCCUGGACUGUGGUGGAGGAACGGUAGAUGUUACAGUACAUGAAGUUCUGUCCAACGGUAGGCUCAAGGAACUUUAUGCUGCAACAGGAGGGAAAUGGGGCGGUAUGGUUGUCGACAAGAAAUUCUUGAGCUUUAUUGCCGAACUAGUUGGCGACCAGGUUUUUGAAUCAUUUGUAAAAGAUAACAAAGACGACUAUUUCGAUCUUCUUGACGACUUUGAAAGCAAGAAAAGAGUAGCUAAUCCGGGUUCUACGUCAACUAUAACGAUUAAAAUUCCAACCACUUUGCAAGAGCAAUUUCGAAGGUUUUUCAAUUGCGAUCAUGGAAAAAAAGAUGUCAAGGCGCGGUAUAAAAACAAGGUGAUGUUUAAGGGAGAUAAACUGCGCAUAGAUGCGAAACAGUUCAACUCGUUCUUCGACGAAGCAGUAGGUGACACUGUAGCGCACGUUCAUGACUUAAUAGAGUCACUGUCUGACAUAAACAUCAAAACAAUUAUCAUGGUUGGAGGGUUUUCUGAGUCGCCUGUUCUGCAAAAUGCAAUUCGAGCUGCAUUUGGUCGGGACAGAGAAAUUAUAAUACCACAAGACGCAAGCCUUUGUGUUAUGAAAGGAGCUGUGCUUUUUGGACAUCAGCCAUCAAUGAUAGCCGAGCGAAAGGCGCGUUUUACGUUUGGGUUUGCUAUGGUUAAACAUUUUAACAGAUUUAAGCAUCCAGAGGAAAAGAAAAUCGAAAUCAAUGGAGAGGAACUUUGCAAUGAUCUGUUUGACAAGCAUAUUGAAAUUGGAGCAACUGUGAAGUACGGAGAAACACAGGCAGAAAAAUUCUACUAUCCCAUGUCGCCCAAAGAUACUGUGUUUCCCGUUGCCAUUUUUCGCUCUACCGAUCCGAAUCCAAAAUUUGUUGAUGAAAGAAGCUGUGACUGUGUUGGAUCUUUCUUAGCGAAACGCCCUACUGAGAGCAUAGGUUCCAUGGACCAGAUCAGAAUUCGGUUGAUACUAGGAAAUUCCGACAUCAGCGUGGAAACUGUGAAAUGUGACGGUUCCGUUGAGAAAAGCGAUUUCAAGAUAAAUGAAACUUAAAUAAAAUUAUUCGUUCGAACGCAUAGGGCAUUACGAUAUGCUUUUCGAUAUAAAUAAUUUUAGUAUUUUUGUUUUAGGACGGAAAAAUAAUGUUUACUUAUAGACUGGUACAUGUGUUAAUUGCUUGUAGUUAAUAUGCUAUAGGUACAUCAUGUUCAAUAUAUUUAAAUUCCCAAGUUUAUAGUAUCGAUCUAGACAAACUGUGUUAAUAUUGUAUGAACAAGGAGUGGUUUUGAUUGCAGUGUUUAGUAGUGCACUCUGAUGGUGAACAAAAUUAAAAAUAUCAGCUAUUCUUUAACAACCAUUUAUCAGCAGCAAAAGACGUCACAAUGUUUAUAUCAUGAUGGAUAAAUAUUUAAUAUAUAUAGCAUAUAAUGAUAAA